CGCAAUUGACACUAUGACAGAUAACCUGAUCUGAUCAAUUCAUAUUUACAUUACAAAAACAAACCGCUUGUUCUGAAAGUUUGAAAUAUUAACUCUAUUAUAGUGUGUUCAAUAGAGGCCAAUUAUAUAUAUAAACAUGAAACGAAUUUUUAUAUUACUUGCUUUGGCUUCAUGCAUCGUCGAAAUUUCAGCGAUAUGGUGCUAUCAAUGUACAUCUGCAAUACCAGGAUGUAAUGAGCCUUUUAACUGGAGAGGCAUGGGGUACUUGGGUAAACCGUGUUCAGACAAUGAAGAUAUUUGUGUCAAACUUAUUGAGAGAAAAGGAGCUCAAAGGGUGAUAACAAGAGACUGUCUCAGUAACUUCAAAGCAUUUAGAACAGACAUUCCAGCAGACACUUACGAAGGCUGUAGAGCUGCAGCAAAGGAUGAGAAUCUUGCGCACUAUGUAAACAAUACUUUAAAGGAACUUGAUAUAAAGAGAAACUGGUAUGAUGAAACAACAUGGUGCUUCUGUUUCCUCGAUCACAGAUGUAACAGCGCUACAUUAAAUUCAACUUCAGUGCUUCUACUAACAAUAUCUUUAUUUUUCUUAUUCAUAAGUAAAAUGUUGUGAUCUUCAACAUGCUGUAGACUAAUACAUAAGUUUAAAAAAGACAAUUUAUUACACAGCGAUCAGUGAUUUAGACUUAUGUGUCUAUAUUCCAAUAUAUGUAAACCUAGACACAAAUUUAUCUUUUAUCUAUGAUCUAUAUAAUGGUUAAAGAAUCUCUUUUAUACAUUUAUACAAAUAAUCAAAUCACAAAUAGUGAACAAGAUAACUUCAAUUGAUUGAUUAUAAUGUAUAUUAAUAGUUAACGCCUAAAGAUAGUCAAAGACUUAUGCAGUAUAUCUAUAAAUAUUACUUUUUGUUCAAGUUAAAGUGUUGAGAAAACUUAUUUUUAUCUCUAAAAUGUAUCUAAUUGAAAGUCUACUAAAACAACCAUAUUUUUGACAUGAUGGUAUUUAAUGGAUAUUGUUAGAAUUUUUUUAGUGCAUUUAUUAAAUAGUAUACUAGUAAAUGCAUCCGCUUGCCAUUUGUAUGGGGAGCGCAUGGUAUUACAAUGAUAAAAGAUAUAUUUAUAACAUUCCGUCCAAUAGUGCCUAUGCAUAAUUAGUUAUAUAAUUGUGACCUGAUAUUUUAAUUUUACACUUAAAAUAAAAUUGUUUCGAAUGGUG